CCCCCCCAGAAUUUGGCCCACCUCUGAAAUACACCACUAGGCUUCCUCCAUGUCGCCAUUUCGCCCCCCUAACAGCCCUAUUUACCCUACCAAAAUACCAUUGUCGCCCAAAGCUAUACAUGACGCGACGUACAUCAUUGGUUCUUCGGACCAGUUCAUCCGACUAGCACCUUGAGGUUUGAGGCUAUUGGAGGUACAGAGAAACAUGCAUCUUACACGUCUAAUCAUAUUACCAAUCUCAAACCCCAAUGACUUCAGCGCCCGGCCAUAAUCUUGACAAUCUACUUUCUCGUUAUUAUAUUGCCAUCACAGCUCGCCCACGGCCAGAGUCUUGCGUCGCCUUGUGCAAUUCCAACCCCUCGCCUCUGCUAUUACUACCAUCUUUGCCUCCUUACCAAAGCAUCAACACAGAAAAGGGAUCUUGACCAUGGCAUCGAAACGAAAAAGGGUCGGGCCGCAUCUGCCGCUGCCUGCGCCGGAACGGCCUGGCGCCCCUAAACGAAGCAGUCGAAGACUGAAGGAUGCCGUUACUCUUUCCACUGCGACCAGCGAGCGAUCCCCGGACAAGAUGGGUAUUGACAACACCGUCAAUACGAACUCUCCUAACGACCAAAUGAGCAACCGGAAGACAAAGGUUAUCGGGGACAUUGAAGAGAGUGUUGAGGAAGCCAUGCAUAAGCUAAGUGAGAUGGAACAUAAGCUGCAGAACGCCGCUAGGAAAGAGCGUCUAGCAGUUGAAACCUCAGAUCUUCAUGUCGAGGAAGGAAGCACCGUCGAAUCAGAUAUCCGUUCCAAAAUUCACUCUCCAGAGAAAGAUAUCCUCCCUACAACUCGCAUGAAGAAGGCGGACCGCCUCAAAAGAGCUCCGUUAGGCGGGCCCGAAGACGAGCUUGCCAUGACUGAUAUCUUCAAUGGUGAGGGCGACGAGGGCUCCGAUCAAGGCGCAAACAGACCUCCCCCCGUCAACAGUGACAGGCUCCCCCUGCCGUGGUCGGGGCGGCUGGGUUAUGCCUGCUUGAACACGUACUUGCGCAAUGCAAAUCCCCCCGUCUUCUCAUCAAGAACAUGUCCACUGGCGUCUAUCCUCGAGCGAGGCCAAAAGUAUGCACAAGAGCUGGGAUUGGCUAACGCGCGCGACAUUAUCAAGAUGAUUCAGUGGAACCACAAGUAUAGCAUCAACUUUAUGAGGCUCAGCAGCGGGAUGUUUCCUUUUGCGAGCCACGAAGAAUACGGAUAUAGUCUGGCUCCGUUCGCGGCUGACGUCUUGGCCAAAGCUGGCAAAGUGGCAGCAGAGCGUGGGCACCGACUCACGAUGCAUCCUGGGCAGUUUACACAAAUUGGAAGCCCUAAGAAGGAGGUCGUAGCCGCCGCUGUCCGCGACCUCAACUACCAUGAUGAAAUGCUUAGCCUGCUUAAGCUUCCUGAACAGAUGGACAGAGAUGCAGUGAUGGUCUUGCACAUGGGUGGAGUCUACGGCGGUAAGGAGGCGACCUUGAAUCGAUUCCGAGAAAACUACGCCAAACUGUCCGACAGCGUCAAACGAAGAUUAGUACUGGAGAAUGACGAUGUGGCGUGGAGCGUUCAUGACCUGCUUCCCAUCUGCGAGGAACUCAACAUUCCCCUAGUAUUAGACUAUCACCAUCACAACAUCAUCUUUGACCCAUGUGUACGGGAAGGGACUGAAGAUAUCAUAGGACUAUACGACCGUAUCAAGAAGACUUGGACAAGGAAGAAGAUCACACAAAAGAUGCAUUACAGCGAGCAGACUGCCAGUGCCGUCGCCCCCCAAGAGCGUCGCAAGCAUUCCGCCCGGGUCAAGACGCUUCCACCGUGCGACCCUGACAUGGACCUCAUGAUUGAAGCCAACGAUAAGGAGCAGGCGGUCUUUGAACUUAUGCGGACAUUUAAGCUCCCGGGCUGGGAUAGCUUCAACGAUAUUGACUUUGCGAUGGGAGGGCCCAAUAACAGGGUGUAUUGGCCAGAGGGCAUGGAGGACUGGCUGCGGCCGAAGAAACCAUGUAUGAACCCGACUGAAUGUACGGCCAUAGAAGCCCAUAUCAUCUAUUGA